GGAAGUAGACUGUGAUCCGGACUAUGGUUAAGACAUGAUCGACCUUUAUGAUUACGUCAAACUUGAAGAGACACAACGGUGCGGCAAACAUGAAUGUUUCUUCGUUUUGAGAUUCCAUAUCUACGAGGGCAGUAACAAUAUUCGUCACAUUCGUUAAAUUAGUGUAACUUUUUGUAUUUUGAUACAUUCUGUAAAUAUAUUUUUACCAAAAUAACUAGUGAAUUUUUAGAUUAUGAAAUCCUUCAAGAGUUCGAUAUUUGGUUGGUGUAUUAAACGUAUUAAACAUCAGUAUUACUCAGUUAGCAUGGAAUUGUGAAUAAGAACAGUAAGUGAAGUGAAUAAACAUUACGUAUGUCAUCAGAACAAGAAUGUGAUUGUUCAGCGUUUUACCCAUUUUCAGUUUUGUAAUUAUAAAUGUAUUUGUACAAAGUCUGAAAUGCUUAGAAGUGACAUUAUUCAACUACGUUAGGGAGUAAUCAGCUUUAAAAAGACAAUUGCAGAUUUUAUCUGAAGACAGAAAGCUAUUUUGAAGUCUAGUCUUAAUUUUUUUUUUAAGUUAACUUGGGUUUGUUUCUGCCACCACCAGUAAAACAGAACAUCAAAACUCUUAGUUGCACCAUAUACAAACAUGGCUGACAGACCACCACCAAUUCCACGUCCACGACUGUUCAAAGAAACACCAGGAAAUACACAUCAACCCCAAACACAGGAGACACGCUACACACCGUUGGAGCAACCCGUAGUUACACAAAGUCAGCAAAUUUCAAAGCAUGCAGAACACAAACAGUCUUUGGCUAUGGCAAAAGAAAAAGGUCAUUCUGAAGAGAAAGAAAAUGCAGGUGUUCAACAGAAACAAGCAGAGGACGAGAGAGACCAGCCACAGAUCAGGUCUUCCAAAGUGAAGAGACGGACAGAUCACCCCACUGCAAUAAAACAAAACAAACAUCCUAAGACAACAUAUCUUUACUUGCGAUUUGAUCAGUUAGUGAUAGAAGGCUUUGAUUUUCAUGGCUUUCUUAUGGAGCGAUUGCAGAACCAGCAGGAAAUGAAUUUUGAAAUAGUGACGAGCAGAAAGGUGAAUAAAAACUGCACCAUCAUCACACUUAAAUUUGAAAGUAGACGCCUUGGUCAGAGGGCACAAAACCUCAUAAAGAUAAGCAACCGUGAUAGCCAAAUAAAAAUAGGUUCAAGUUUUGAACUAGCUGACGUUGAUGAUUCGAAAAAAGUAGAUAAAGAUGAGGCAAUUUUUCAAGGACAUCUCCAAGCCAUUUUAGAUCGGGCUGAAAAAACUAUGACGAAACAUGACGAAAAGAUGAAGAGCACUAGUGCUGAUAUCGAAAAACUGAAAACCUCUAGAUUCAAGACAUUAGAUGCGUAUGAGAGAGUGAAGACCGAGAGAUUUGCCCUUGAAGAUAAACUGAAGGAACUGACUCUACAACUUGAUGAAUUCAAAUUGUUUCUGGAAAGUUUAACAGCAAAGCUAAAGCAGUGUUGGUAUGAUAAUACGUAUGAUAAAAACGUCGAUGAAAUACGCAAGUUGUUUGGCGUGGAAUGCUGUAGAUUAGAUGCUGCGCUACCGAUGUACGCCCGGAGAAGUGAAAUUGUCAAGAUCGUAAAGAAUAACAAGGUGUGUGUUAUACUGGGUGAGACCGGCUCAGGCAAAAGCACACAAAUGACUCAAUAUCUACACCAGGUUGGGCUCGCGAAUGACGGCUUAAUUAUCUGCACACAGCCACGCAAGGUGGCAGCUAUCAGCCUUGCUACCAGAGUGGCAUCAGAAAUGGCAACGAACGUUGGACAGCUUGUGGGGUAUCGGGUCGGAAUGAAGAGCAAAGUAUGUGGGAACACAAAGAUCAUAUACACGACCGACCACGCUCUGCUGAACGAAUGUCUGAAGGACACGACUCUGUCUAAGUACUCCUGCAUCAUCAUCGACGAAGCCCAUGAAAGGAGCAUCUACACAGAUCUGCUUCUGGGAAUGAUAAAGGAAUGUCUUGGCACCCGCUCUGACUUGAGAGUCAUUAUCACCUCGGCUACCAUCGACCCAGAAGUGUUUGUACAUUAUUUCAAUGGGUGUCCUGUUUUGAAAGUGUCUGGAAGAAUGUUUCCGGUGGAAGUGAUCUGGCAACCAUUGAGUGGAGAUGUGGAUGUCUUUGAAAAUUACCAAAGAGCUGCUGUACAAAAAGCAGUCGACAUUCACCAGAGAACACCCAAAGAUGGAGAUAUACUCGUGUUCAUGACCACUCCUCUCGAAACGGAAAAAUGCAGUGAUGAAUUUAGACAGGUGAUGAAAGAUGACAAUUCAUUUCAGUGUCUGGUACUCCAUGGUCAAGUCCAGGCAGAGGAACAGCAGCUGGUUUUUCAACCAAAUCCUGCAGGAAAACGGAAGAUCGUAUUUGCGACUAACAGUGCCGAGACAUCCAUCACAAUACCGGGGAUUAAGUAUGUUGUCGAUACAGGACUGGUGAAAGAGAAACGAUAUGACUCGAAGAGAAACAUGAGCUCCUUGAGUGUGGUUAUGAUAAGUCGAAGUUCAGCUGAGCAGAGGAAAGGUAGAGCAGGGAGAACCGGUCCUGGGACCUGUUACAGACUGUACACAGAAGAACAUCACAAAAGCAUGGACUCUUCUUCUUUACCAGAAAUACUCAAAGUUCAUUUAGGCCAAGCCAUGCUCAAACUAGCAGAAUUGGGAAUCAAUCCACUGGAAUACGCCUUUGUGCAGAGUCCAGGAACAUCAGCGAUUGAAGGUGCUAUGAAAAUGCUUGAAGAUAUUGGUGCUAUAAAAGACCAGCGGAUUACAGAAACAGGAAAAUGGCUAUCAAAGCUGCCAGUUGAACCUAGACUUGGAUCAAUAAUAGCAAAGGGAAAGGAGUGCGACCUUCUCUAUGAAUCUGUCAUACUCUCCACUGUAAGUAGUGUCGGAAGUUUCAUCUUUUACAGAGGGUCUUCAGAGACUGACAAGAAGAAGUCUGAUUCACAGAAGAUACAGUUCUGUCAUUACGGUGGAGACAGCAUGUCACUUUUGAAUGUCUUCAGAGAGUGGGACAAACAAGAAGAAAAGAAGAAAAAUAAAUGGUGUUUUGAAAAUUCUGUUAAUUCGAAAGCUAUUCGGAAUGCUAGAGAAAUGGUCAAUGAAAUUUGCACAGUACUGAAAAAGGAGCUUGGGCUCACUGUAAAACAUUCCUUUGAUGAUCCCUCAAACACUGACAAGAUGCUUCAAAACAUACUUUUUGAGUGUUUCUCUUCCAACAUCUGUCAUUUCCUGGGCCACGAGAGAGCCGGUUAUUAUGCCGCAAGACUCGACCAGCUUGUCCACAUCCACCCAUCGUCAGUCUUGAAUUCACUGGGCCUCGUUCCUCAGUGGGUAGUCUUUGAACAAGUCCUUAAAACUUCAAAAGAUUUUGUCACUGGUUUAACCCCGGUAGAAGACUCGUUGGUACAUGAAGCAGCUCAAAAUGGCACUCUUCGAUAUGACAUUGAAGUCAUGAAAAACAAACAGGUGUAUCUCGUACAUACGGAAUGUGUUGGGUCAAGAGCAUUUUGGCGAAUUGUAGGUCCAGCUUUCAGCAAACUGAAGGUUUUGCAGCAGACCGCUAGCACGCUGGCAGCACCAUCAUGUGCAGUCAUUGAAGCAGACAAAGAGAAGGGAGAAUUCAAAAUAUUUGCAACAAGACAGAAUUCUGCUGCUCUGGCUGAAUUGUUGAAACCAGAGAUUGUUGUGGUGCAAGAUGAGUUACAGCGUGAAGACUCUGAACAUUCUCUUUCUCAAAAACCUGGGUCUGUAAGCGUUGUUCUUGGAGCAGGUGGUGAAGUCAGCCAAGUCCUUAUGUCUGAUGACUAUAGAACAGUAUUCAUUGAAAAGGCAGAUGAAAACACAAGCGAAACAUCGAUCAAACAAAAGCUCUGCCAGUUUGGAGUAAUAAAAGAGUGCAAGAUAUUUAAGAAGAGGAAGAACGACAGGUGGGGCUGUGUGAAGUUUGAAAACUCGAACCAAGCCAAGCUGGCUGUUGCUGCGACUCUUGGCGAUCAGCAUGAAGUGGCUGUGGCAGAACACUGGGCCAGAGGACCAGACUGCAUGACAUUUAAAGUAAAAUUAACAUGGUGCAGACGCAAGUCCAAAGAGCAUGCCUUUGUGAAAUUGGUACCAGAGGAGCUCCCAAGGAUGCUGCAUUCUUCGCAACUUUGGAUUGGCGGGAGAAUAUUUUCUGGAAUUUCAAAACACGGCUGUGAUAAACGUCAAAACGAACUCAAUUUAAUUCUCAAUUGA